AUGCACGCCUUUGCCACGGAGGAGGCCAAGCGCUUUCAGCAGCGGAUGGCCUUCCACUGCUCAGCGGUAGUGGCCUUCACCUGUGCAGUCUACCUCAUGGGUCUUCUCAGACCUGUGCUGGAGCCCUUCUUCUGGGCCCUCUUUCUGGUUACAGCCCUGGAGCCGCUCACAAGGCCGGUAGGGCCCGGAGUGGUGAAGGCCUUGGACAGCAGCGGCCUUUCAAGACUCAACUGGGCAGUGCUUGCGGUUUCCGUGUGA